CUCCUCUGCUCUCUUUAAUGCAGAAGAUGCUGAGAUAAGCGAGUGCUGUGGUCAAGUGCGUUCUGUUUUGGCAGUAGACGAAUGGCACAGGGAAACCAGCAGAGUGACAACCAGGUUCUGCAUCACCUGCGGCAAAAGUUUCCAGAGGUUCCCGAGGACGUGGUGUCCGAGUGUGUCCUGCAGAAUAAGAAUGAUUUAGCUGCAUGUUGCGAGUACCUGACCAAAGUGAGUCCUGGUUUCUUGUAUAGUGAAGGCAGCCAGAGUUUGACAGAUCUACGCAAUCACAUGACCCAGCUCAACCUCGGCGUGUCUCAGAAUACCCAUGGUGCAGUGCAGCGAGAUGUAGUGAGGAUGAAUGGCAGCAGGACUGUCCCCCCCAGUGUGAGCGAUGGGCCUUUAAACGUGCCUCCUCCCCAGCCCGAGACGCCACCUGCGCCGACACACAAUCCCACGAGCCUCAGUGCCUUCACCACCAUGGAGUCCACUCGCAAGCCGCCGCCUCCUCAGCACCUGGGCCUUUACCAGGUUGGGGGCAAAGGUCACGGACCGCCUCCAACCCCGCGCUUCAACCCAAUCACGGUGACGCUUGCGCCGAACACCGGCCGCAGCACACCUACCUCCCUGCACAUCCACGGAGGGCCUCAGUCGGGUCUGAACAGCCCAAACUCCAUCUACAUCCGGCCGUACGUGACCCAGCCGGGCUCCACGCGACAGGCCCCCGGCCGUGCUCAGUACAGCCCCACCUCGCAGCCCACACAGCAGAUCUACCAGAUCAGCCACCCUGCAGCUUCCCAGAGCUCCUGGAGCGGCGGCCAGCAUCAGACCUCACACGUGUACAUGCCCAUUAGCUCGCCCACCAGCACCCAGGCCCCUCCCAUACCCUCGCCUUCCUCCUGCUCGUCCUCCUUCAGCCAGUACAACAUCCAGAACAUCUCGACCGGGCCACGCAAGAAUCAGAUCGAGAUCAAGCUGGAGUCUCCACAGAGAGUGGCUGGGGGUUCGAGCGCGGCCACAGCAACGCUCCUGCGCUCGCCACCCUCCUGUAGCUCCGCGUCUUCGUCCUGUCCGUCGUCAUCGUCGCUGGCUGCCAGCACAGGUCCCUCCACUCCCAUCUCGAUUGGAGGCACAGGUCUGAGUCGCAGCCAGCCCACGGUGUACAUCUCUGCUUCUCCUCCCGCUGCUGCCUCCACCUCGGCGGACGACUGUGCCGUUGUGCCUCGCUCACAGCCCAAGUUCUAUAUUUCUGCAAACACAUCCGCAGACGACGGAGGGGCGAGGAACCCGCCGACGGUCUAUAUCUCAGCCAAUCCGGCGCUCCAGGCUUCUGCGGGAUUGCGCCCUUUAGGAAGCCAGAGCAUGGGCCCUGCGUACAUACACCACCACCCACCCAAAUCCCGUCCCUCUGUGGGAGCCGGAGGCACGGCCACGUCUCCUCGUGUGGUGGUCACGCAGCCCAACACCAAAUACACCUUCAAAAUCACUGUCUCCCCCAACAAACCUCCGGCAGUGUCUCCUGGAGUGGUGUCGCCCACGUUCGAGCCGACUAACCUGCUCAGUCUCCCAGGAGAUCACCAUUACGCAGAGCCGGAUCCGCUGAACCAGUCUGACCCGCUCUCACCUCAGCGGGACACAAGCUCGGAGCCGCGCAGACUCAGCAUGGGUGCAGACGACGCUGCCUACACACAAGGUACGUUCAUCAGGGAGGACACCGAUCACUCCUGUAAAUGCUUUGCUGAUUGCGUUUCACCAUGCCUUCCAUUCGGAUUUAAUACAUCAUUGCAUGAUCUUUUUUUUUUUUUAUGUUGUUACAUUUUAAGAUAUAUAUUUAAGAGUUCUACACUAGAGCGUUCUGCACCACUAGCCUAGGCUAUUUCAGAUAUU